CACCUCUUGUUAGUUCCUCUUGUGGCAAUAUUUGUUAACUGGUGUGUGGUUGUUGUGGAGUUGUUCUCCAGUGCGCGGUGGUGCGGCUGCUCCUGAUGGCCACCUUCCGGCUCUGUAUGGCGCCAUGUCAGGUGUGUGGGGCCUCGCCCACCCUCCUCCCUCCACACUUUACGCACACUAAAUAUCACACAUGUUUCACCAAAAACUGUCUCUGGCUUUACUAAAAUAGUAAAUGAAACGAAAAAAAGUGCACUUCCUUACUAAAAUCAAUUAUAAUCAGAGAAAAAUCAGCAAAAGAUAGUAUUAGAAGCAAUACAAAAUCUAUUAUAUCUAGUUAUCGAGAGGAAAGAGAGCCGUAGUAAGGAUAUCCCUCCUAGCGUCCAAGGUCAUAGUUCAGUGACGACACACUACCGUUCCCAGUUGUGUUGCACCUGCACACACUCUCACCCUGUGGGAAUGCAAAGCAACAUGGCUUGCUAGAGAUGUAUUACUCAUCGAGUGUAUGGUUGGCAAGACCGCAGCGUCACCCCGUCUGCACGGUAACGGUGUGGCGGUGUGGUGCGUGGUGAAGUGCCCCAAGACCAAGCCGGCAGCCAAGGUGCUGCUGUGUAGCGUGUUCGUGCCCAUCCUGGUGCUGUGCCUGGUGAGCAAGCCCGCCCUCGCCGAGAUGUUGAUGGCCAUCCUCACCUGUGACGAGAACAGGACCCCCAAGACCUUCCGGGUCGUCACCUCACUCCUCUACAGCGGCCUCGCUCAGAUGGAGCUCCUCUCUAUCUCUGCUCUCUCUGUCGUCAGGGCCGUGGCUGUAAGGUCUGCGAGGCGACACAUCCUGAAGCUGAAGACAGCCUUGCUCCUGGUGGUCAUCAUCACCUUCUGCUCACUCCUCAUGGCUGUGGGCCUGCUGGGGUCGUUGACCUUAGGUUACUUAGAAGGUCACCAGGUCAGACGAGGAACAAGUCUUCUUUAUUUCUUCCUCAAGACUAUGCUACCCUUCCUCAUCACCGCUGUGUCAUACUCCUUCAUGAUGCUUGUAAUUUAUCGCAACAAGCGUCAGAUGGCGAGGAGUGAGCAGCCGACCCGAGGCCACAGCGCCGUGGACCAGGCGACGUGCGCCAUGCUGGCAGUCUUCAUCAGCAACCUGCUCUUUGGCCUCCCGCACGCAAUCUUCCACCUCCUCGACAAACCUUCACACACCGCAGACAUUAUCUUCCACGUCCUGUUUUAUACCCACUUUAUAGCUGAUCCGGUAGUGUUCGUGUGGUGUAACCGGAGCUACCGCCGCCGGGUGGGUGAGCGGAUGCAUGCAGGUGUGGCGUGGAUGACACACUGGUGCUCCACCACCAAGUCCUUAGCUACCACCACAUCCUUGGAUAACAAUAUCUCAGCCUCCUCCAUAGCCUCCAUUGAACGGAUAUUCCAAGAACACGACUAGAGAGCAUGGAGGCCGCUGGUGCCGCCCGGCGACAAGACCUGUGAUGAUACUCUGUGUUAUGACCAGUUACUUUAUGACGUGCUCUUACCCGCUGAUAAUGUCUACCCACAAGCUCCUUCACUCUUUGUUUGGAGCGCAUAUUGAACAUGAGCUCCACUUCGUCAAUGUACAGUACACCCUUUGGUACAGUACAUAUAAUGUACACAUAUGAAGCCUAUGUUCACGGCUCUCUCUCUCUCACAUACAUUAUAUAUAUAUAUAUAUA